UGGAGCAUUGGAUAUGGGGUAUAUGUAUGUUUUGAGUGGAUUUAUACUUUGUUGAGCCAAUGUUCCGUUUAUUCUGUCAAGGUACUCAUAACAGGUACACAGCUAACAUUGUCCCAUGUAAGCUUUCGAGGGGAACCAGGAAGCAGGUCGGUUUAAACUGCGCUGUCAUUGGACGAUGUCGCUGAGCCGUGACGUAAUUGUUGUAAAUUGUAAAAUACCCGUAUGUCCUCGCGACAUUCUAUCCGGUACUCAGCGGAAACAUGUCGGGGAGGAGAGAGCCGUGCGGGGGAACUGCGCUUCUGAAAUGGACACCUAAGACAUAAACUGAACGUUGAUCUGUCCGGACGGAUGGUGUCGUUUUAGUCGAGUUAGCAGCUGCGGAGGACGAGCUACUAUUUCACGAAAACGGGCUAAGAGACAGGCAGCUGGGGAUUGAUCAGAGGAAAUAGCAGACUAGCAGUUAGGCGGCUGGCUCGGUGUUGUUAACCCAGAGAGAGUGAGAGAGACACCGUGUGCGCACUCUAAACAAGACGGGGUCGCUGCUUGGAAGGGGAUGUUAUCCGUACUGUCUUAUGGCAGACUGGUAGCCAGGGCUGUCCUGGGCGGACUCUCUCAGACGGACAGUCGGGACUACAGCCUGAUCACCGCCAGCUAUGGCUUCGGCAAAGACUUUCGAAAGGGGAUCCUGAAGAAAGGGAUGUGCUACGGAGACGACGCGUGCUUCAUUGCGCGGAACAGAAACGCCGAUGUUUUGGGUGUUGCAGACGGCGUUGGUGGUUGGCGUGACUACGGCGUCGAUCCGUCUCAGUUCUCCGCCACGUUGAUGAGAAGCUGUGAGCGACUGGUGAAGGAGGGACGCUUCACGCCCAGUAACCCAGUGGGUAUCCUGACCUCUGGCUACUACGAGCUCCUACAAAACAAAGUCCCCCUGCUAGGGAGCAGCACGGCCUGUAUCGUCGUCCUGGAUCGACGGAGUCACCGGUUACACGCGUGCAACCUCGGGGACUCGGGGUUCCUGGUGGUUCGGGAGGGAGAGGUGGUUCAUCGCUCGGACGAGCAGCAGCACUAUUUUAACACGCCUUUCCAGCUGUCCAUCGCUCCUCCUGGAGCCGAAGGGGUGGUGCUCAGUGACAGCCCCGACGCAGCUGACAGCUCCUCUUUCGACGUGCAGCUCGGUGACAUCAUCCUGACGGCCACCGACGGCCUGUUUGACAACAUGCCAGACUACAUGAUCCUUCAGGAGCUUAAAAAACUUAAGACUUCCAACUAUGACAGCAUCCUGCAGACUGCACAGCGCAUUGCAAAGCAAGCUCACGACCUUGCCUAUGACCCCAAUUAUAUGUCUCCUUUUGCACAGUUUGCCUGUGACAAUGGUCUGAAUGUAAGGGGAGGGAAGCCAGAUGAUAUCACGGUGCUCCUGUCAAUUGUGGCAGAAUAUACAGAUUGAAAGUGUGUGUGUGAGUAUGUGUCUUGAGAGAGAGCGAGUGUGUGUUUGUGUGUGUGUGUGUGCGCGCACGCUUAUCUGGGGCUGAUCAUCUCUUCCAGUCUGCCUGAAUCUUACACCUCUCCAAAAACGCGCUGCAUCCUGUGGGCCGACGUGGAGGCCCGACAUCACAACACACACUCCUCCCUGCCGGCCCGACGUCCACUUGUGUACAUUUUUGUUUUCUUUCUCUGUUUUUGUUUUGCUGCGUGAACGGUUGAGGGGAAGAAGGCAGCUAGGACUCUUCAUGUUGACCAUGAUGCCGCGCUACGACGUGCCCUUCAGUCUCAUCGUGUGGAGUGAAACCUUGUGUGCGACUUGUAAGCGUAGCAGGCGAGGGUUUCCUGGGAGAACAGCGAUUAGACAGUUGAACCCGGCUGGCUCUCUUUGUGGUUCCUCGUUGUGGGUGUGUUUUGAACAAAGCAUGAAGAUGGGACUGCUGGGAAUGGAUGGGGCUUAUUAGAGAACGGGAUUAGAUGGUUGGGUCUCAAUCUCCUGGGUUUGGGAAUGUGUGUGAUGGAAGAGCCAACUAUUAAUCAAAGGGAAAUAUCUGUCAGUGCGCACAUCCUCAUGAGUUGUAAAUAUUUUUGUGUUUUUAGGGCUUGAUUCUGGCCUCGCUGUUGUUUUGGUUAUUAAAGCAAAGAGCUAUUUUGUUACUUUUUUUGGAGGAUGUACACAUGUGCAUUCAUAAAUAUAUUUUCCUGUAUAGAUGUUAAUCUCUUGAGGGUUUUUUUCUUUUUUUUUAUCAAUCCUACACUUGCACUCGCUGAAAUGAACAAGAAGAGAGAUUGCUGCAACACCUGUGUGGUAGGAAGGGUGGAAAAGCAUGUGUGAGAGGCAUAAAUGUUAGAAGUUGAAAUAUGUGGUGUAUUUAAAUGUGGAUGUCUGUCCCACAAAGCUAAAUCUAGCAUUUGGGAAUGCUUAGAAUUGCAAUAAUGGGUCAGGCAGGACAAUAUGUAUUUUGUUAAUGUUAUUUAGUUAUAAAAGGAGCAAACUGUCUGCUGACAUGAAAUAUGGAGGAUGGGUUGUAGAUCCAACUAUCUUAAUGAGAAUCAGGUGUGUGUUCUUUCAGUACUGUAUUUCCCUUUCUUUUUUUAAAUGUGUUUGUCGCUUCCCUUUUGUAAUUCAAAUUUCUGUAUACGUGUGUGAGAUGCAUCAAAUGGCAUUUUUAAAUGACACUGGUAUACGAUUCUGCUCAUGAUAGUCUGACUCUUGUCCGACCCGCUCACCCGAGCGGUUUGGACAAUGUCUUUACAGUUUAAAUGCAGGGCAACCAAAGACCCAUUUUGUGUGUGUAUAUUAUGCACAACGCUUUGUUUUUACAUACAUCUUGCAGCAAUACUGUAAAUUUAUUGUGCUCUGAAUCUUGUUUGAUUGCCAGCGGUGUAGGUGGAAAUGUUCUGAGGGGCACUAAAAUGCCUUCGCUAUGCCUAAAGUAGUUUUAUCAGAGCAUCAUACUGUGGGGUUUAAGUUAUUUCAUUGGUUGCAACCAAGUAUAAGACCUGGUUAUGACACCAAAGAAGGAAAGCCAUAUAUACAUAUAGAUGACAUUAUUAUUAUUAUUAUUAGUAAAAUAGUAUCUUCAUGGCUUCUGUCUCAGCUAAUGGCACCAUAUGGGUUAUUUUCCCACAUUUGUCAUCUGUUCUUUUUUUCCCCCGGUGGUUUAUGAUUGGUGUUUAAAAGCUCUAAACUUGUAUUUACUUAAAAUAGCCCUAUACUUGACAGAUGUCAUUCGUAUGCCGAAGGAGGGGUGUUUAGAUAGGUAAUGGUGCUGUGAACUAAUGGUAAUGGGGUGUGCACAGUUUCAGCCUUAACAAAUAUCUAGACCUGCAAUCGAGGCCUUUCCUGUCGUUGCAAGCUUGUGAUGUCUUGUUUCGGCCAUGCUGCCCUUGUGUUUGACGUAAAUGAAGUCCCCCCCGUGUCUUUCUCUCCUGUGAAGUUGUAGUGUGAAGUGUGUGUGUGUGUGUGUGUGUGUGUGUGUGUGUGUGUGUGUGUGUGUGUGUGUGUGUGUGUGUGUGUGUGUGUGUGUGUGUGUGUGUGUGUGUGUGUGUGUGUGUGUGUGUGUGUGUGUGUGUGUGAGAGAGAGAUGCACUUAUGUCUACAGUGAAACAAUGCAGGUCUAAUUUCUGUAAAUAUGUUUUGAAAUAUGUAUAAUAUUUAAAUAAAGAAUCUAGUAUUUAUACUAAA